CAUCGAUUCACUGCAGUCGCUGGUCGCAUCUAAAUCUCUCUGUCGUCUGCCUCGCUCUUAUUUUGAGAACAUUGUUUGUUGUAAAUAAUAAUUAAAUAAUUGUCUAGUAUGGCAGAGGAACGAAACAUUGUCAUCGCAUUUGCUAACGCGGUGUUCAAUAUUCUUGACGCACCUGUCACCUUCUUCCGAGAAAAAAUCGUUGUCCCAAAUCAGCAACAUUAUCCUUGGUACCACCAAAAAUUUCGCCGUGUUCCAACCAUUGACGAAUGUUAUAUGGAUGAUCCAGUUUGCUCGUACGAAGCAAACAUACAGUUCAAACGAGACAAACUGGUUGAAAGCGAUAUUAUGAAUAUUCUGCGACAGCGUUUCGAGGAUUGUGCAUUAUAUGAAGGACAUGACCAUAUGACUAAAUGUCAGCAUAUAUGGGAUCAGUACAACGAAGCUACCACGAAUUGGUUUAUCAAGUAUGGUGAUCUUGGUGCAUACGGUCACACACGAGAUGCGUUUAUGAAACAAAAACAUCGCAUGAUUUGGGAAAGACGAUAUGGUCCAGUUGGAACUGGAAUGAAUCGCAAUGAAAAGUGAAAUGAAAAUACGGCUUUUUAUAGAUUCGCGUAAAAUCGAUAUUGUAGAUAAUUAUACACAAUAAAUUAAUAAAAAUUAUCAUGAAAA